GCAUUGAAAUGUGCUCAACAAGCUUGCAAAGAUAGAAAAAUAAAGAUGGAAGUGGUACCAUUUGGCCGUUUAGACUUUGGUGAAACGGCCGUUCUUGAUUCCUUUUAUAAUACAGAUAUAGCCAUUGUGGAUAUAUCUGUUGUUGCUCAACGUGCCCCUCUUUUGUAUCAAUUAGCUGUUCGUGAAAGUUUCGAUAUGAGGCAUAAUAUCGUCCUGUUAAAUGAUAACGAUGAUGAAGCAACUCAUGCCAUUAGCUUAUCUGUCACAAGCCAUACCUUUUUGCCCUAUACGAUAAAUCCUAGCAAUACUGCCUUCAUAUCUAGAAAGUUUACCGUUGGAAUAGGAAGAAGAGAUAUACAAGGGAUGACGUUACUGUCCGGUAUAAAGAGAAAAAUUAAAGAAUUUGAAAUUAAUAAACGAAAGCAUAUUAAGGAAAUCUUCCUGCGCGACCUACGGAGAGCCAGAGAGAAACUUUCGAAGGAAGAUCUUGUCAAGGAAUUGACGAGAUUAAAGGCUACAUUGGAUGAUCCUGCUUUAUUUACCGCAGACAUCUUGCAUAAUUUAAUGUUAACAUAUCGUGAUAUCCAGGAUUACGACUCUAUGGUGAAGUUAAUUAAUGAAUUACCAAAUCACAAGGAGACCAUGAAAGGCCCCAUACAACAGCUUUACGCUUUUGCACUGAAUAGGAGAAAUAAAGAAGGAGACCGAGAUAAAGCUAUACAAGUGCUGGAGAAAAUGUUAUUAAAGUCGGAAAAUCAUGUACCCAAUGUUCUCUGUUUAUUUGGACGAAUCUAUAAGGAUAAAUUUAGCGAAUCAGAGUAUACUGAUAACGAUAGUAGAGAUAAAGCUAUACACUGGUAUCGUAAAGGAUAUAAAAUUCAACCAAAUGAAUAUGCUGGUAUAAAUUUAGCUACGCUGUUAGUUAUAGCAGGAGAGAGAUUCUCUUUAUCUGCUGAGCUACAACAAAUAGGCAAUACUAUGACAUUAAAUACGCUACUUGGCAGGAAAGGUAGCUUAUCUUCGCUAGAAGAUUACUGGGAUGUUGCAACAUUUUUUGAAGUUAGCGUUUUAGCUGAGGAUUAUACAAAAACAAUUAUAGCUGCAGAAUGCAUGUUUAAGCUUAAACCGCAAACCUGGUUUUUGAAAUCAACGCUAGGUAAUAUAAGCCUUAUUAAGAGUUUUCGCAAAGAUCCUGAAGAUAUUAUGGAAACUAGAGACUACAAGGUAUAUUCGUUUUGGCUAGAUUUCUUCACUGAAGCUACCCAGGCAGAGUGCUCUGACGUUAGAUUUCCGGUAUUAUUAAUGGAAUUAACUAAUGAGUACAUUCCUUGCUAUAUUUUAAUUAAUACGGAGGCCGAAGAGAAGAGCAUACGUUUAUGGGAAGUUGUUCCGAAGGACUCUAACGGAAUUACGGAAUGGCUUUUUGUAUCUUCUUCUAUCAAAAGUGUUCGCCUUUACCAAAGGGACGAUAGGUGUGCCUUCCUAUAUGUAAUUCAAAGCUCAUACGAUUUUCAGCUAUAUUUUCCUUCGAAUAUUCAGAGGCAAAGGUUCUGGGAUUUGAUGUCAAAAAUUUAUAAUGAAUUAGAUAGCUCUAUUCUUCAUAACGAAGAUACCAUGUUUACUGAGGAGCCUCUUGAAUUCGAAUACGAAUUAGACGAUUUGGGGAACAGAAUUGUGCUCGGUCGUGGAUCUUUCGGAACGGUUUUUGCUGGAAGAAAUAUGUUGACGAAAACGAAAUUAGCUAUUAAGGAGAUUCCAAUUAAAGUUGCUACCAAUGUCGAACCAUUACAAGAAGAGAUUAGGUUACAUUCUAAAAUAUCUCAUAAGAACAUUGUGCAAUAUAUGGGAGCUAUCACUGAAGACGGAGUCUUUAAAAUUUUUAUGGAAAGAGUUCCUGGAGGAAGUUUAUCGACUCUUAUCAAAUCAAAAUGGGGUCCAUUAGAUGAAAAUACUAUAAAAUAUUACACUAGACAAAUUUUAGAGGGAAUAAAAUAUCUGCAUGAUCAAAAAAUUGUCCACCGUGAUAUUAAGGGUGACAAUGUAUUGGUAAAUACUUAUAAUGGAGCUGUAAAAAUAUCGGAUUUUGGUACAUCUAAACGCUUAGCAGGCCUUAAUCCAUAUUGUGAAUCUUUUAAGGGAACAAUGCAGUAUAUGGCACCAGAAGUAAUAGAUAAAGGACUACGUGGACAUGGACCUCCAGCCGAUAUUUGGUCCCUUGGAUGCACUAUGAUUGAAAUGGCUACCGGAAAGCCGCCUUUUUACGAGCUUGGUGACCCUCAUGCAGCUAUGUUUAAAGUAGGAAUGUUUAAAGUUCAUCCUGAUAUUCCAGAAAAUUUAUCAUCAUCUGCGAAAGAUUUUCUAGAAAAGUGCUGCUUUGAACCCGAUCCCAAUAAAAGAUCAACUGCUGCUCAUUUAUUAGCUCAUUUAUUUUUGAAA